AUGGGGCCUGAAUCACUUAGACUUAUGUCAGUUGCUUUUGCUGCCCUGCAAUUACGUGAUGCAGUAUCAAAAUUCAGUAGAGUUGAAACUAAUGCAGCAAUUUGUCAAGAACUUAAGGUUCACUGCCAAUUAUUGUUUAACACUUGUUCCCUUCUUAUGAAGUCAGUUGACCCUACAGUGUGGACUCUGAGAUAUGCAAUUCCAUUCCACAAUGCAGCAUUGUUUCGAGAAUUUGGAUUUGGCCUUGGCAUUAACACUAUGAAAGGCCGCGAGGCCAAGCAUGUAACUCUGUCAUCAUUUGCACGUCAUGCAACACUCUCAACUCGGUGA